AUGCCCAGGUGUAAGGCGAAGGGAUUUGGGCUGGAUUGUAGAGGAGCUGGGGGCAGCCCCCGCAGCUCCCCCCGCACCCCGAGCCGCAGCCUGGCGCUGCGGGCCGGCUGCCUGCGGUGGAACAAAAGCUCUUGGGUCCCCUCCUCACGUCGGCCACCGGGCGGCCGGAGGCUUGGCAAAAUUAUCGGGGGGCUACUGCGAUUUUUAUUUACUCUGUCCACUGAAACCCCCGCCUUAGCAACCCCUAAAAUCAAGGACGGCCGGAGGGGGAGAUCUCCGCGGAUUUUCCGCGGAGCCAACGCGGGAAGCCUCCCGCGGAGCGGGGUAGGGCUGCUGCGGGGGAAAGAAGCGGGGGGGGACGGACGGUGGUACCCCCAGGUGCUCUCGGAUAGUGACCGAGUCCUUGCACAUAUCAUCCCUGACACGGGGAUGGAUUCCACCAGUCAAAGGGAUAUGAGCAAGCAGGUUGUGAACAGCCCUGAAACCGUUGCUCCUGGACCCCAUGAAGGUGCGGGAGUUGUAAGAACCGGCCCCGAAAAUGAGCCGCAGAACCCCCCGCCGCCAGCCCCGGCCGCCGUGCCCAGGCUGCCCCGAUCGCUCUCCAACGACCACAAAACCCUUCUCUCCGAAGAAGCUCAACCAAAUGAUUUCGAGAGGACCAAAGUCGGGAUCUGCAAGCUCAGCAGCACCCCGCUGCAAGCCAACUCCGCUCCCCGGAGGGAAUCCGCCGAAACCUUUCCCUGCAAGCACACCCCCGGGGCCGGGGGCGCCGGGCAAGCUGCCAUCCCGCCCUGCAAAAUUCCUGCUUUGCAGAGCACAGGCGGGGACCCAAACCUAACCCCGGGUAAGAGCACGCUGGAGCAAAACAACGCCAAAGGCGCCUGGGUGACCUUGAGCCAGAGCACGGUGGUACUGGGCACAGAUGGCAACACUUCUGUCCUCCCCGGCAGAGUGGAGGGGGAAGACGAUGUAGGGGAUGAAAAUAAAGCCCGAGGGAACUGGUCUAGCAAGCUGGAUUUCAUCCUCUCCAUGGUGGGUUAUGCAGUGGGGCUGGGCAAUGUCUGGAGGUUCCCGUACCUGGCCUUUAAGAAUGGGGGAGGUGCGUUUCUCAUCCCCUAUUUGAUGAUGUUGGCUCUAGCUGGGAUCCCCAUUUUCUUCCUGGAAGUCUCCCUGGGGCAGUUUGCUAGUCAGGGGCCCGUGUCUGUCUGGAAAGCCAUCCCCGCCCUGCAAGGUUGCGGCAUCGCCAUGCUGAUCAUCUCGGUUCUAAUAGCCAUAUAUUACAAUAUUAUUCUGUGCUACACACUUUUCUACCUUUUUGCAUCCUUUGUACCUGUGCUACCUUGGGCUUCCUGUAACAACCCGUGGAACACACCAGACUGUAAAGAUAAAAACAAACUUUUGUUAGAUUCCUGCAUUAUCGGUGACCACCCAAAAAUCCAAAUCAAGAACUCCACUUUCUGUAUGAGUGCCUAUCCAAACUUGACUAUGGUUAACUUCACCAGUGAAGGAAACAAAACGUUUGUCAGUGGAAGUGAAGAAUACUUCAAGUACUUUGUAUUGAAGAUUUCGGCAGGGAUUGAAUAUCCUGGUGAGAUUAGAUGGCCCUUGGCACUAUCUCUUUUCCUAGCUUGGGUGAUUGUAUAUGCCUCCCUUGCUAAAGGAAUCAAGUCAUCAGGAAAAGUGGUGUACUUUACAGCUACAUUCCCCUAUGUUGUUCUCAUCAUCCUCCUUAUAAGAGGAGUAACCCUCCCUGGAGCUGGAGCUGGAAUCUGGUACUUCAUCACUCCAAAGUGGGAGAAGCUCAUUGAUGCUAUGGUUUGGAAGGAUGCUGCCACUCAGAUUUUCUUCUCCUUAUCUGCAGCAUGGGGUGGUCUAAUUACUCUCUCUUCCUACAACAAAUUCCAUAAUAAUUGCUACAGGGACACAUUGAUAGUCACAUGUACCAACAGUGCCACAAGUAUAUUUGCGGGCUUUGUCAUCUUCUCAGUGAUUGGCUUCAUGGCAAAUGAGCUCAAAGUGAACAUCGAAGCUGUGGCAGACCAAGGUCCUGGAAUUGCUUUUGUGGUUUACCCAGAAGCCUUAACUAGGCUUCCCCUCUCUCCGUUCUGGGCUAUAAUAUUCUUUUUGAUGCUUCUGACACUUGGAUUGGACACUAUGUUUGCCACUAUCGAGACGAUAGUGACCUCCGUUUCGGAUGAGUUCCCCAAAUACUUACGUACGCACAAGGCACUGUUCACUCUUGGGUGCUGCGUCUCCUUUUUCAUCAUGGGAUUUCCUAUGAUCACUCAGGGUGGAAUGUACAUGUUGCAGCUUGUGGAUACUUAUGCAGCUUCUUAUUCUCUCGUCAUCAUUGCCAUCUUUGAGCUUGUUGGAGUUUCCUAUAUAUAUGGAUUGCAGAGAUUUUGUGAAGAUAUAGAAAUGAUGAUUGGAUUCCAGCCAAGUAAAUUCUGGAGAGUCUGUUGGGCAUUCGUGACCCCAACGAUUUUAACAUUUAUUCUUUGCUUCAGUUUUUACCAAUGGGAACCGAUGACGUACGGAGCUUACCACUACCCAGGCUGGUCCAUGGUGCUUGGAUGGCUGAUGCUGGCCUGCUCAGUUAUCUGGAUCCCAGUUAUGUUCGUGAUAAAAAUGCACCUAGCCCCAGGCAAAUUUAUCGAGCGACUCAAGUUGGUGUGCUCUCCACAGCCUGAUUGGGGUCCCUUUUUGGCCAAGCACCGCGGUGAACGGUACAUGAAUAUGAUCGAUCCACUGGGAACCUCUUCCCUGGGACUUAAACUGCCAGUGAAGGAUAUAGAACUGGGAACCCAAUGCUAAUAUUUAUUACGUGGGUGGCAAUAACGUUGUCAGCCUCCUCAGAUAUUUUUCUUCCAUUUUGUUUCCUCGCCUUUUCUUCUUUUCCUUUUCGCAGCGCCUGAAAGUGGUUGCUUAGGAAAGUAGGACUCACUGUUGCAUGCCAUAGGGAAGACCUAGCUAGACCACUUCCAGGUGUAGGUGUUGCCCGUGAUGUGUUCUGGACCCAGUGAAACAGCAAAAACCUGUUGUGCAACGGGUGACAUACCAGGUUUUGUCAGGUGAUGUAGGAAUAAACAAAACACAAUGGAAAAAAAAAAAUCCUUUAAGGAAAUUGUGUGCAGAAUUUGACCCAUUUCACACAAGUAACAGGUCACUAUGGUUAGGACUAGGAUUUUGUUACCAGUGUGACCAAAGGGAAGUUCUGCCUCAGAUGGGAUGGAAGUGAGCAAAGAAGGGGGUCUCCUGUAGGCUCAGGCAUAAGGCUCAGACAGUAAGCGGGGUCGCUUUGUCUGCACUGAGAGCAGCCUUGAUCCCUUGUGCCUGUGCGCUCUUUCCUGAGUAUGAAUUAUACUGACUUUGAGGACCCUUUAAAUAGCACACCAGGAAGCAAUAUGGGAGAUCUGAACAGAAACACAAUAAUCCAUUUGGUCUUUUCAAGUAGAAAAAUAAAAGCAAAAUUUAAAGAACUUUUAGACUGGGACUAAACUACAUUUGAGUCUAGAAGUGGUUUGGAAAUGGCGCAAGACUGAGGUUUGUGGGCAUCACUGCUUAGAGUGCUGUCAUACAUUUCUUUUGAUAAUUUGAUAUCUGUUAUUUCAAUUAAAAAUGCCUAAGUUAUAGGAAGUGUCUAAAUCCUUGCUCCAACCUAAGUGCAGCUGUGGUUUUACUCACUUCAGUCCUCUGAACGUAGUUUUCCUCGUUUCUUUGCUUUUGGUCACAGUAUCUUCUCAAGAAGCCAUCAUAUAAUUUGUGCCUAACUUUAUAUUCUUACAGUGGUAAGUGUAGUCUAGUUACCACCCGACAACAGUUAUUAGAAGUUAGAUGUGCUGUUCAACUUUGUGACUCCCCGUUCAUUCUCCUAUAAUUCUCCUCUUUAUAUAACCUUAGACGAUGUAUUCUUCUCUUUCAACCAACGGGGAAAUAGCAGAACCCCACUUGUCUAUAUAUUAUAUAUAUAGCACGUAAAUUCUUCAAAGCAGUAUUCUUUCUGAAAUGUACAUAGGUUUUGGUUGUUUUAUUUUGUUUUGUUUCUUUUUUUUCAUUUAAAACAUUUUCAUUAAAUAAAAAAGAGGAAACCCCCAGCAAUUAACCACUGCAGUCAUCCACAGGGAUGCAAUCUUAGAUAUACAAAAUGUGAGGGUUGGGGGGAGAGGACAAUUUAGUAGAUGGCCAUUACAACAUUCCAUAGCAAUAGGACAUUCUAAAUCAGUACAUUUUAGAAAUCAGAUAUAAAUGAUGAUAGGAAUAUUAGACUUAAAUAGUUUUGUUACCUAUUGGGCAGAGUCAAAAUAGAGCUUUUUAAGAGUACAUUUAUUUAUCUGAAUAUAAAAUUAGCCCAAUUUAUUGUAAAUGCACUAGAAUGAGGGAGAAAAAUAUAUCUUCAAUAAUUGGCAAAACUGUAACCUUUACUAUCUUGUUAUAUCCUAUACAUACAAAUAUGAUAUUUUUUAACAGUGCUCAGUGUUCAUGUAGUGUGUACUAGUGAUGUUUCCUGUCCCUAUAAGUAUCUUAUCAAUCAGUGUAGAGACGGUGAGCUUAGAGUAGUUUAGCCUGUUUUUUCCUUCCCCCCCCACACCACUGUAGUAGCCAGUAAAUGUUCUUUCCUUUCAGGGGACCGUUUCUACCCCGAUCUUUUUGUCUGUCUGUCUUCAUAUUACAGGGUCUCAGGUAACUCUUCAGUUCAUGUGUGCCCGUAGAUCAGUAGACGUGUUGUUUCAUCCUGUCAAGGAAAACAAAACCUAAACCUUAACGUUACACUUUCAUUUUCUCUCUCUGUGUGUGUAUAUAUAUAUGUAUAUUGAAUAUAUUAAUCAUUUUGCUGAACAUCCUCUUUCACGGGGCAAUUAGUGUUGCCGGUUCCAGGCACUGCUGGAGACCUUUAAUCCUCAUGCAGGACAAGCCAAGCGCCAUCACCAGGGGUUGUCCUGUCCCUGAAUCUCCACUCCGCUGGCUCUGUUGGUCCCCGUCUCACGCGGUGGGCGGACAGGACCCUUCUCUGAGCUUCUCUGCCUUAAAGCUGUGCCCCCCAGUUCCAGCUUUGCUUGCUAUUUUAAUAAGGGGGUUUGCUGUUCUUUCUUCUGGCUUUUAUUUCCCUGGCAGAGGCAGGUUCCAGAAGCCACACUCUGCUUGAUGUAAUGAAGGUCCAUAAAGAUGAGCUGGAAAUUUGGUCCCCAUGUCUACAUGGGGCUGAGGGGUCUUCUCUGGGUGAAGAAAGAAACCCAAGUCGGCAUCUCUAGUGGUAAUGAUGUAUUUUCAUCAGGAUAAAUAGCUUUAGGUCUCUCUUAACCAAUAUUUCCUAGCAUCUUGGGUUUAUUUUUGGAGUCCAGGCUAGUUUCUUUGAACUACUAUUGUGGUUAAAAACCCCCAAAUAAGUCCAUAGGUUUGUUCCUGUUUUAAAAAAAACCAAAACACUCAAGUCACUUAACAGUUUUCUGAAUCCUUUCACUUAAUAACCUGUCUCAGGACAUGUGCUGGAACUGGGAUUAACUAAUUGCAAUAAAAUUACCUCGGUGUAAGGAUGUCAGUUACUGUCUUACCUUAAGUAUAAAAGAGAUAUCAUUGGAAGGAAAACUGCAAGGUUAUUCUAUCUUUCCUUUGGCUGGGAUUACCAAACUGGAAUGAAUAUGAAAAAUUGAAUUGCUUUCCAUGAUUUAUGUAAUUAAUCUGCUUGCUUUUAAUUUAGAUGUUGUUCCUGUGCCUGCUAAGUCAUUAGCACAGGAUUAGGCUUGACUUUGAAACUCCGAAAACAGAUGAUAGUGAUUUUAUUCUAGCGGAUACUUGUCUUCAGCUUUGACCUCUAUUGCUAGGCUUGCAAAAACUUUUGGAGAGGAGGGAGAAAUUAAUACAAAAUCACAGAGGAUAUGAAGUUUUCACUGUAUGUUAAAAGCAGAUUUUUUUUUUUUUCUUCAUAUUAGGCUUUUUUAAAAGUAUUUCACUGGCCAAAUCUGAAUGUUGAGAUUAAAUUAACCAGCAGUGUCUUCUUUAAAUGAGAAGUAACCUUAAAGUUUGGGAAUGCACUUCAUGUACCAUGUUCUAGGAAAAGUUUGCAUGUACUUUGAUAAUUUUCUAAAAAUAAAUUUAGUAACUAAUUAAAUACCAGUAAAGAUCUUUAAAAAAAAAAAAAAAGAGGGGAAAAAGCCAUAUUAGUAAAAAUGUGAUGUACGUACUUGCAGAUCUAUCUAUCUUGUGAGUAAAAAAUGUUCAAAUUUGGUGAAAAUACUUAUGUUGCAUAUUUUUUCUUUGAAAUGAAAUUGCAUUUCUGGAUGAGCUGAGAUGCAUUAUUGUAUGCAUUAAAGAUUAUACUUAAUGCAAAUGCUUGCCAUCUUCAAAUUCUUUGGGUCUUCCUAGUGUUUUUAAUAUGCAAUGUUCAAAACCUGUGUUUCAGCUAGACGCGGCAGCACUUUGUUUCCAAAAGAAGGGUUUAACAAAAUGACCUUUAAUUGAAAAAAGACUUGGAUUGCCUUUAUGUGAUGUUUCAAUUGGGUCAAAGUAGUCUUUUGAUUAGGUUCUGCUCCACUGACCACAUUAGAUGUGCCUCAGCACUGAAGAUCAUCGCUUCCGAUACACUGUGUGGCUAUCUCUUACCAUGAAAUUCCCACACCUGAUUUAGUUUGAAUUCCUUUGGUCUCUUUGAAUAUAUGUAUGGUUGUAUGGAUAUGAUUUCUUGUUGCCUGUGUUAAAGCUAUUGCUUAUUUAUGGCAGACGUUGGUUUCUUACUGGUUUCUUACUCUGCAGCUCUGCUUUUUCUUGCAAGGGAAAGAUUUCUUGUAGGGAUUGUGGGUUGCAGGCUGCAAAGCCUCGGCAAGCGGCAUCCCAGAAAGCGUCUCUGUUUUGCUAUUAACACUGUAAGAGACACUCGUUUCUUAGUUUGUAGUUAAAUGGUGUGCAUGUCAAAUAUCUGUC